AUGUCCAGUCUUCACGAGCUCCUUCUUCAUCGACAGCGACCAGGACGAUGGCAAAGAUUCUGCGCCCGGCCUUGUGUCUUCCUCGCAAAACUUCUUUAUAGUUGGUACGAGUCUAUUCCAGCUACUCCACUCACAAAACCUAUCGCGGUUGUCUGUAUCUCGGAUACCCACAACACACAAAUUGACGUCUAUGAUGGGAACAUCCUCAUCCAUGCUGGUGAUCUCACAUAA